CUGCUUUUCAUUUGUCGCCAGGUGGUUGCCUUAGCGAUGGACGGGGAGUCAGAACCAAACCCUGUCGGAGCAGAAGAGGCAGGGGAGCGGGUGGAGCCCAUGGAUGCCACUCCCUCCCCCCAGCAACAGACCACGCCCCCCUCAGAGGAGGCUGGGGAGGCAGUUUCCAUGGUAACAGAAGAUGGAGCCACAAAGGUUGGCACAGAGGACAAUGACGAUGAUGAUGUGGUUCUCGUAGGGGAGGAGGCUCCCCAGCCUUCUGCCACAACCCUUUCCCAAGACACACCCAGCACAGACUGCCUAGAGCCAGCUGCUGCCGUGGCCACUGUAGACACGUCCACGGCAGCGAUGCCUUCCAAGACCCCCAGUUCUCCUGCGUCUUCCAGCACAUCUACAGCGGCAGCACCUCCUAAACCUCCAACCACAGCAGCAGAGCCUAUCGUCAUCGACGACGAGGAGGAGUCUGAACAGAAAGACACUUCGUCCUCCUCACCAGCGCACCCUGGAGGCUCCUCUGCGUCCCACUCGCCAGGUGUACUCAGCAGCACUGAACCAGAUUCAGAGAUCAGGAUCGCCAGUGUCACCACACUGGGCUCCAGUAGCCAGAAAGGAAGCUCCACCGUUUCUGCAGUAAAUACUCCACCACAUCCAGCGGACGUCCAGGCAGACAUGAACCUGAUGAUAACCUCAGUGACAUCACUGCAGGGCGGGGCGGCGGCGGCGGCUGUCACAGUGGCUAGUGAGGGUCAGGCAGAGGAAAAUGGACUGCAGAUCAGCAGUGCAUUCAGCCUGAAUCCCGACACCCCACCUGGUCGACCAACAGCCUCCUUCAACCCUGGGCGGGGCUCAGGCCCCAUGGGCCAGCUGGUACAGAAUGGAGACACGGGGACGCACAACAGAGCAGACUCGUGGAUCUCUCAGUCAGCUUCAGUUCCUCGCAACCAAAAACAGACAGGGGUCGACUCUCCAUCACCAGCCACCUCCCUGCCCAAACCUCCAGGCCAGUCUUCCUCAUCUACUUCCUCCUCAGGCUCCCAGCCACAGCCCAGGACAGUCAAGGUGACCUGUGCUAACUGUAAAAAGCCUCUGAAGAAAGGCCAAACGGCCUACCAGCGUAAAGGCUCCACACACCUGUUCUGCUCCACCACCUGUCUCUCUGCCUUCUCGCACAAACCCGCCCCCAAGAAGAGCUGCACCAUGUGUAAAAAGGACAUCACAAACAUGAAGGGUACCAUCGUGGCCCAGGUCGACUCCAGUGAAUCUUUCCAGGAGUUCUGCAGCACGGGCUGCCUAGGUGCAUACGAGAACAAGCAAAACCCGCCCAAAUCAGGCCUCAAAACCAAAUGUACUGUCUGCGGCAAGCUCACAGAGAUCCGGCACGAGGUUAGCUUUAAGACUGUGACCCAUAAGAUCUGCAGCGACACAUGUUUCAACGUUUACCGCAGGGCCAACGGGUUGAUCAUGAACUGCUGUGAGCAAUGUGGCGACUACCUGCCUAGCCGAGCAUCAGCCAACCACUUCGUGCUGGUGGAUGGCCAACAGAAACGCUUCUGCUGCCAGAACUGCAUCAGGGAGUACAAGCAGGCCCACAGUAAACUUGCGAGCUGCCUGACUUGCAAAACGCUGAUCAAGACAGGCGAGGUGCUCCACAGCCUCGGCGCAGGCGGCACCAUGGGUUCCUACUGCUCUGUCAACUGCAUGAACAAGGGCAAACUGGCAUCAACCUCCUUCCUCAACACAGAGCCCACAUGUCACAUCUGUAAGAGGAAUUCAUUACCGCAGUACCAGGCCACGCUGCCAGAGGGAAACAUCCUCAACUUCUGCAGCUCACAGUGUGUUACCAAGUUCCAGAAUGCUACUCUUCAAACGGCCACCAAUGGACAGACGCCCCUCUCCACUACAAACAACACCGUCCAGCUAAAAUGUAAUUACUGUCGGGGAGCGUUCAGCUUGAAGCCUGAAAUUCUGGAGUGGGAGGAUAAGGUCUACCAGUUUUGUAGUAAGGCAUGCUGUGAGGACUACAAGAAGCUCCACUGCAUCGUGACGUUCUGUGAGUACUGCCAAGAGGAGAAGACGCUACAUGAGACGGUCAAGUUCUCCGGGGUCAAGAGACCUUUCUGCAGCGAAGGCUGUAAGCUGUUAUUUAAGCAGGAUUUUAUCAAGCGAUUGGGUCUUAAGUGUGUCAGCUGUAACCACUGCAACCAGCUAUGUAAGAGAGGCGUGACCCGGCAGCUCGGGGGCCUGACCCGGGACUUCUGCAGCGAGACCUGCGCCAAGAAGUUCAACGACUGGUACUACAAGGCGGCGAGGUGUGACUGCUGUAAGGUGCAGGGUAACCUGACAGAGUCUGUGAUGUGGAGAGCAGAGAUGAAGCAUUUCUGUGACCAGGAGUGUCUGUUAAAGUUCUACUGCCAGCAGAACGAGCCCAUCAUGGUCACACAGAAAGGCCCCGAGAACACCACCCUGGGGUUUGAAAUGCAAGGGGCAAAACUUGGGCUGGUGAACCAGGGUUCUGUUGCGUACGCUGGUGGAGGUUUGGUGAGGGAUGUCAAGAACAAGGCCGUGCUCUGCAAGCCACUCACCCUGACCAAGGCUACCUACUGCAAGCCACACAUGCAGAGUAAACUUUUACAGACGGAUGUAGACGAUGGUGUGAAGAGGGAGUAUGUUCCUGUACCCAUACCUGUGCCCGUCUUCAUCCCCAUGCCCAUGAAUAUGUAUUCCCAGGUCACUCCCACUCCAUUCUCUCUGCCUGUACCGGUUCCUGUGCCUGUGUUUCUGCCCACCACCAUGCAGGGGGCAGAGCAGAUCAUCCAGACCAUCAAUGAACUGAAAAACAAAGUGCCCUCUGACCCUCUGGAGGCCGACCUGCUCUCCAUGGCUGAGAUGAUCGCGGAGGACCAGAAGCCAGAUGUAAAGCCAGUGAAGGUGAAGCGGGAGUGUGGAGGGGAGAAGUCCUCCAGCAGCAGCUCUGAGGAAGAGAAGGAGGAAGAGAAGGAGGAUGAGAAGGGGGAUGAGGAGGAUAAGUACGAGCCUGACCUGGACCUGGAGGCAGACUUCCCUCAAGCCUCAGACCCUGUUCCAGUCCUGGAGGGAAUGGAUGAGGACAUGGGCUUCUCUCUACCUCCAGUCCUGACGGAGGAGAAGGAGGAGGAGCAGGAGAAGGAGAGACAGUCGGCACCUCGACCGCAGCCCAGAAGACAAGGGAACAAGAGGCAGGCUGUAGAGGAGAGCUCAGAUCUUGCCUCGUCCUCUUCUUCCCAUCCGACAGGACGAUCGCUGCCUCUCAAAGCUCGCUAUGGCAUCCAUGCCUGGAAACGCUGGGCACUGUCUCCUUCUGACCAAUCAGAUGACACCAAAGUAAAGGACUGCUCCAAACCAGCCCGGACUAAAAGUAACUUGUUGUCGCUGAGUUCAGAGGAGCUCAACCUGGCUCUGUCCCGGUUUGUAAGGGAGGUCUGCAGGCCCAGUGGGGAGCGCUACUCUCCAGACAGCAUCCUCUACCUCUGUCUGGGGAUCCAGCAGCACCUCCAUGCCAAAGGUCGGAAGGAUGACCUGUUUAGUGACCCAUGCUACCAGCAGUUUGGGGAGGAGCUUAACAAGGUCCUGAAGGACUGGCAGCCCAGUGUGCUUCCUGAUGGCUCGCUGUGGGGUCGAGUGGAGGAGCAGAGCCUGUGGAGCAGCAAGCAGCUCGGGGAGCAGAGUCCCGCCGCUCUGCUCCGCUCUCUGGUUUACCUGAACACCAAAUACUUCGGCCUGCGCACCGUGGAGCAGCACCUCCGCCUCUCCUUUGCCAACGUCUACGGCCCUGACACCGUCCAUCCUGUCACCAAGGAGACCACCGUCUGCAUCCGCGUGCCUUCCAUCUCUCAGGAUCACCAUGUGCAAACAGAAUCUAGGAAGAGGAAGCGUAAAUUGGAGGAUGGCGAUCAGGACUAUGAACCAGACGACGACUCAGGAGGCUCCACUGUACGCUGCCCGGUUAAGAAACACGAGUGUGACCUAUAUGACCUCUACAGAUCUAAGUGCCCGGCGUUGUUGCGGGAGCGUCUGGAUGUCUUUUACGUUCAACCGGAUCCGGCCUGUAGUCCUGACGACCCGCUGUGGUUCAGCUCUACACCGCUGGAGCGACGGAUCCUGGAGAGCCUCCUCACCAGAGUCCUCCUGGUCAGGGACAUUUACACAGACAAACAACACCUGGAGGAAGACGAGGAGGAAGAGGACGGGGGUGAAACAGUCGGGGGAGAAUAGCAGUUGGCUAGGACUUCUGUUAGUAGAGCCUGAACAGUCAGCAGAGGAGCAAGCAGAGGAUAGCUAGUGUUUGCUCCUCCCCUGUCGUGUCAUCCAGUCCUCCUUCCCUUCCUAGCUGACUUGCUGUUUCCUCCUGGUGAGGGGCGUCCACAACAGGGAACGUGAGAAAGUAGAGGAUGAUGAAGAGAAGCCCAAACUUGUACUUCUGCUGAUAAAUUCACCAACGGAGGAGGAGGAAUUCAUCUUACCUCCAAUCAUAAACUAGAAGAAGAGGACGGACACACGUGUGUCCUGAUUUGUGAUGGGAACUGGUUCAGUUUAAUAGAAUGAGGAGGUGGAGCUGUAAUUUGUUAUCUUGGGGUAAACAAAGCUAAAUCAGGUAGUAAACAAAGUGUAUUGACAGUUAUCAUAUUUUUAAGACAGGAUGGCUGUUGUGCAUUACCGACAACUCUGAGAGCCUAGCGUGCUUAUAGUGCUCACACAAGCAGCUUACAAAUACUCAAACUUUUAACACAGAAUCAUGCUUUAACAAAGGUUAUCAGCAGCCACCAGGUGGCUACAAGAAGGAGGCCUAACUGAGGCGAAGGGACAGGAUGUCGUGGAGACAUUCUCUCAGUCUGCCUCAUGUCCUCUGCAUCCCUCUGGGUAGAAAAAAGUGAGUGGAGUGCUUAGCUUCAAGAGAGUAACUUAAUUUUUAGAAAGAGAAUCAAUAAGCAUGGGACAAGGCAGACAAAGGGUCUGGGUGAAUCCAGAGCCACUGCUCAGGAGGAGGGGAGUAGGAAGAGGAAGUGCAAGGCUGAUGCUGUGUCCACAGAGUGGGAAGUUGAAAAUUCCCAGCUGGAACGUUCCAUCUUUGAUACAAGUGGUACUUCUGUUCCCAAUUUAGCAGCUAAUAAUACUAUAAGUGCUACUUUACAUUACACAUUUCUAUUUUCAUGGAUGAUUAAACACUAAGUAUUCAACAGGAGAAAAAUAUUCGAUGCACUCUCCAAUAAGUUAAUAUUUUAGUUAAUAUUUUAUCCUGUUUCAUCACCAUAAUAUUUCGUACAUUAUCACAUUACCAGACUACAAACUGCAGCAUCGCUCUCAAAAAGUGCUCACACCGAUAUUUAUUUACUUGCAUCAGAAACAUGACAAAAUGCCCCUUACACUAGCAGGGCAGUUUCAUGGGAUAGGAAUAUUAUGUGACCAAGUCCAGUAAAGGGAUGUAAUCAAGUGAAAUCACCUGUGUGGGUAUGUAGGGCCCUUGAGGUUGUAAAAAAGCUGAAGUGUAUCUCGAUUGUCAGCAUUUUAGGUCAUGCUAUGUGGCACUAACAGUGUCAAAGUCCAAGAAGUGCAUAAUGGAAUCCUCAAGCGUAAGAAAUGUUGCCAUGUAAGGCAACAUUUUCGAAUUUCUGACUUUCCAACAUGUCUGGAACGCAGCAUCAGCCAGGGCAAUCCACCGUAUCACACACAUCUCAAUCACCCGGGCUGCAUUCAUUCCAUCCCAUCAUCCUGCUCUCAGCUCUUCCUCUGUCAGUACUGCUCUCAGGCAAAACCGUUGCACCACAGAGGACUGAGCUCAGAGGGGCAGGAGUCAGGACCGAUCCAGGACAGUAAGAGAGGACUGACUCUAAACCUUCUGUUAUCUCUCAUCAGACAGACCCGACUGGCUGUGGUGUGGGGUAAAGGCAGCCUACAGACAUGCUGCAUUUCUUCAUUGGGGGACACUUUCAUUCAUGCAAUGUAGCAUUAUGUGCGUACUAAGCCCAGAUUGGGUUGCUUUGAAGUGUAAAUAUCUGAAACAAGGCGGUUAUUUGAACUGGAGUCAACACAGAGGGACACUGUGGUUGGGGAAAAGAAAAAAAACCUUCAGCUUGAAAACCCACCUCCUGAGAAGCCUUUUUAAAAAGACCACCUUUACGUUGGGAUUUUUCUGGGUGCCAUUUCCUUCUCAACCGUCAUCAUUGAAAACCCUGCUGCAGUCCUGCGCCCUCGCCUCUCUUUCCCAUUAGAGUAUUUUGCAGGAACCUGCUAAACAUGAAGGACACUGAUUAUUCAGAACGCGACAGACUAUUUUUAAAGUUUCCUUUCUGCAUUCGUCCCCGUGUUCGUAUUUUCAUGGCAUUUCUCAGUUAUUCUUAGUCUCCUUUAAACUUAAUAUUGAUUUAGUUUGAAAACUGAGCACUUGUUAAUAAGUGCCCUCUUCUUCUUCCCAGAUGUUUUAGAGUGCUAGCACUGCAAAGCAAAAGCUUGUAAUGUAAUAAAGAACUGGUUGGACAUUUGAAUUUUCUUUUUAAUGAACUAAACUCGUGUUUUCUUCCCGAGUUACACUAUCCAUUGUUUCUUUGAUAUUUUUUUAUUUAUAUGGUUAAAGUCCCUUUUUUUUACUUUUGAGUUUUAUUUGAACUGCUUUGAUUGUUUCAAUAAAUUUGAGAAAGUGUCAUCAAUUUACUUAAUCCAGUGAAGAUUAUUUGAGGAUCUUGUUUCUACUUCCUUGAUCCCUUAUUGACUUUAAUUUAAUUUGGGAAAAUACUUUGAGAUGCAAAGCGGGCUUCAUUUUACACCAAACAAAGAUGUUUCCACAACCAGUGCUCAAAAUAUAAGGAACACCCUCCAGAUGUUUGACCCACCAUGUCUCUAAUUUCUCUCAGAUUAAAAAUGUUUUCUCUGCAUGAUCCACAUGACUGCUCCUCCUGACUGAAGUGGAUUUACCUGGAGAACAAGGUCAGGGAACACAAUGUCAUAGUUUAUUUUAUCUAAUGAGCAGGUGUUCCUGUUAUUUUGUACACUUGACUGUGCAUUCAGUGGUCUUGAACUACAUUUCAGAAGCAAAUGUGGAUUUAGAAGGAGGACAUUGGUCUGGAUUUCACCAGCCCAAAAUCCAAACCGUUAAACCUGAGUGGAAUUUAACAAAACUGACGCGGGAUCAGAGGACCCUGGUUAACCUGGCUGAUUUUCCUGCUGGACUCAGAGGUAGUGACCAAACCUGCAACAGGUUUGGACCUACAGUAGACGCUGUGGCUGGCUUUAAUGCCUAAUGUGAAUGUGCCUAUCUGUAUAUACUGAAAGUGAGUGAUUGUGACUUGAGUCUGAUGCUAUGUGUGUGGGCUGAUCUGCUGAUACGGUCAUGUUAAAUAAAUGGUUUCAUUUUCUAAC